UUUGUUUUCGUCGAGGGCACGUGUGGUUGAGCUACUGCUGCGGCUGUGAGGGAGCGAGCAUUGCUGUGGUGUGCUGCUAGCUGAACCCGUCGUUCACGAUUUUCUGCCGUUUGAGCGGUUUCCUCGUUACCUGAGAUGGCUUCCGGUGAAGACAACGUUCCUACGUUCAAGUGUGUACUCGUCGGUGAUGGAGGUACGGGGAAGACGACCUUCGUGAAGAGACAUUUGACCGGAGAGUUCGAGAAGAAGUACGUAGCCACUCUCGGAGUCGAAGUCCAUCCGAUCGUAUUCCACACGAAUCGAGGUGCCAUCCGAUUCAAUGUAUGGGACACUGCUGGUCAGGAGAAAUUCGGUGGACUCCGCGAUGGGUACUACAUUCAAGCUCAUUGCGCAAUCAUGAUGUUCGAUGUCACCGCUCGUAUCACUUACAAGAACGUUCCCAAUUGGCAUCGAGAUCUCGUUCGCGUCUGUGAGAACAUUCCAAUCGUGCUGGUCGGCAACAAAGUCGACGUCAAGGACCGCAAGGUUAAGGCGAAAGCCAUCGUUUUCCACCGCAAGAAGAAUUUGCAAUACUACGAUAUCUCGGCAAAGUCGAACUACAACUUCGAAAAGCCGUUCUUGUGGCUUGCGCGUAAACUCAUCGGAGACCCAAACCUCGAGUUCGUCGCCAUGCCGGCUCUCGCCCCGCCUGAGGUUCAGAUGGACCCAGAAUGGCAAUCGAAGCUCGAGAACGACAUGAGGGACGCCCAGAACACCUCCCUACCCGACGAUGAUGAGGACGACUUGUAAAUAACUAUAAUACCUACCACACCACCAACGAGAGAGACUCUCUCCAAGCGAUGAGCGGCAUUGAUGUGUCCAGGGGGAAUGAGGAACAACUACGAGCUGAUGUAUUUAGGGAGAUGAAAUGUUGUUAAUGAACGGGAACUGCUCAGGGGGCAGCUCUUAGCUCGCGGGAAAAUCGGGAAAAUAACAUCGAUGUCUCUCGUCCGAACAUGCAGCGUGAAUAUUAAGGCGAAAGGAAAACACAGGAAACUGUCUUCUAAAAUCGGUCAAUAGUGAAGAAUAAAUUUCGAUUUCAAGAUAAGUUUGAAUGUUGUUGAAUUUCGGACGAGCGAAGUUGUACACACGUCCGAAGGGGAAGCCUGCUUAGAUCCUUAUACUCACUGAUGGAUUGGCCCAGAUUUUUUUAUUUACUCGAAUGAUAUUAUCUGUCUCGCGAGAUUGGAGCUAAGCGUCAAUACAGAGGAAUCCGAA